GGACAGGGGGGGAAUCACUCUUCACAUCCACGGCCAGCGGUGCGGCUCUGUGCCGGGCUCCGCAUCGAGUUAAUCUCCCCCCGGGCCCGUAGGGACGUAGCACUGGGUGUGGGGGUCUUACGGCGCGUCAGGCGGUCCCGUGUGCAGUUUCACGCACGUUGCAUGUCUGCGUGCAUUGUUUCAUUGUCACAUGUCUGUGUUUGCUCGCUUAGAUUGUCAUAUCUAGGCCUGUAAUAGUUUCUGUCCUGUGCCCUUGACGAGACCCUGAGAGAGCAGGUAAUGGAUCCAGGUUGUGUUUAUUGUCCGUGUCGCCCCCAUGAUGUGUCCCUAACCGGCUUCCUCCUCCUGCAGGUCGGGAGGGCCACGAGGCGGCCAUGCGCUGCCCACAGCUGGCAGCGACUGAAGUUGGGGAGGUGAUGGCGGCUCAGAGGCAGCGAGCGCUCGCCAUCAUGUGCCGAGUCUACGUCGGCUCCAUCUACUACGAGCUGGGAGAAGACACGAUACGCCAGGCCUUCGCCCCGUUUGGACCCAUCAAGAGCAUCGACAUGUCCUGGGACUCGGUCACCAUGAAACACAAGGGCUUUGCGUUUGUGGAGUACGAGGUACCGGAAGCGGCUCAGCUGGCUCUGGAACAGAUGAACUCGGUCAUGUUGGGCGGCAGGAACAUAAAGGUGGGCCGCCCCAGUAACAUUGGACAGGCCCAGCCCAUUAUAGACCAGCUGGCGGAGGAAGCCCGCUCCUUCAACCGGAUCUACGUGGCCUCCGUGCACCAGGACCUGUCGGACGACGACAUAAAGAGCGUGUUCGAAGCCUUUGGAAAGAUCAAGUCGUGCAUGCUGGCCCGGGACCCCACCACGGGCAAACACAAGGGCUACGGCUUCAUAGAGUAUGAGAAGGCGCAGUCCUCGCAGGAUGCCGUCUCGUCCAUGAACCUGUUCGACCUCGGCGGUCAGUACCUCCGAGUGGGUAAGGCCGUCACCCCCCCAAUGCCCCUGCUCACACCUGCCACUCCCGGAGGGCUGCCCCCCGCUGCUGCCGUGGCCGCGGCCGCCGCGACUGCAAAGAUUACCGCACAGGAGGCCGUGGCUGGAGCUGCAGUCCUUGGUACCCUCGGCAGCCCUGGUCUGGUUAGCCCUGCCCUGACCCUGGCACAACCCCUGGGCGCCUUACCGCAAGCAGUGAUGGCAGCGCAGGCACCAGGUGUCAUUACAGGUGUGACUCCGGUGCGGCCUCCUAUCCCAGUAGCCAUCCCACAAGUCGGGCUGGUGAACCCCAUCCUCUCGAGCCCCCCGGCGGUGGCCCAACUGGAGGUAAAGAAAGAGAAGGAGGAGGAAGAGGUUCUGCUCGAGUCGGAGAGGCCAGAAAUGCUGAGUGAACAGGAGCACAUGAGCAUAUCGGGCAGCAGCGCCAGGCACAUGGUCAUGCAGAAGCUCAUGCGCAAGCAGGAGUCCACGGUGAUGGUUCUCCGCAACAUGGUGGACCCCCGAGACAUAGACGACGACCUGGAAGGAGAGGUAACGGAGGAAUGCGGCAAAUUCGGGGCCGUCAACAGAGUCAUCAUCUACCAGGAGAAGCAGGGCGAGGAGGAGGACGCCGAGAUCAUCGUCAAAAUCUUUGUGGAGUUCUCCAUGUCCAGCGAGACCCAGAAAGCCAUCCAGGCGCUGAACGGCCGCUGGUUUGCCGGACGCAAAGUAGUCGCCGAAGUCUACGACCAAGAGAGAUUCGACAACAGCGACCUGUCGGCGUGAAUCCCCCCCCGGACUGUCCUCCCCUCCCCCACGUGUUCUGUGUACUGUACUUUUUAUAUUAUUUGUGGUUUUGUCCUCGUUUGUCAGAGUAGAAACUUGUCAAUAAAGUUUCUUUUCUUUUUUUUUUUUUUUUCCUCUCCCCUCUUCCUCGUUCCUCACGCAUUCUGCACGUGUUCCUGGUCUGAACUCUUCAUGCAUCGGGGGCCGGGAAGCGGUUUAAGGGUGGGAUGUAUAGAUCUGGGGCCCCGUGUUCCGCCCCCACAGGGGCCCUUAUAAUGUAUUUAUUGAUGGAAACGCAGAGGAUUUGCCCGCUUUUUGUGGUUUCUUUACCGUUUUGGCCGUGGGCGGAGUCUGCCGCGGCGGAUUGGCGGGAAUGAACGCGGGGAUCGAGUCUCCGGCCGCCUAGUAAAAAGUGACUUUUUACAUAAAA